GAAAACAGCUCGGCGCACUCGACAGCAGCCAAUCAGCAGUGUGGUUUCUCUUCAGCAUCUCAGAGGGACUGAACCAUCGGGUAGUCUUGAUCCCAGGCAACAGGGAGGGAAGAUAGUUGAAGGCUCCUCGUCGCUUAAUUAUGAUUUUGUGAAAUCCGCGAGGAGCUGGAGGAUUACGUCACCAGCACAAAGAGAAAAGAAAAGUUGGCUAAUCAAGACACUGCACAGAGGGAACCAAAUUCCUGCACAAACAUGGCAGACCAGAAAGACAACAUAGAUGAUUUUAAAGUCCAGACAGCUAAGCACCCCAAUAUGACUUCGGCCCCAUUACGGCCGCAUAGUGAACACUCUAAAGACCGGGCAUCCAAGAGGCUUUCGACCGAGUCCAAUGGGACUAGUGACGGUGGUGUCGGGUCAUCUACACCGGUGGAGAUUACUGCUUUGGAAGAAUCAUUUCGACGCUUCGCCAUCCAUGGCGACACUCGUGCAACCGGCAAGGAGAUGCACGGCAAGAACUGGUCCAAGCUCUGCAAGGACUGCGGCGUGAUCGACGGCAAGAACAUCACCCUCACUGACGUGGACAUCGUCUUCAGCAAAGUCAAGAAGAAAUCCUGUCGCACCAUCACAUUCGAUGAGUUCAAGGUUGCGCUUGGAGAGCUGGCCAGGAAGAAGUAUAAAGACAAGACUGGAGAGGAGGCUGAGGCAGAGGUGUUCCAGCUGAUCGAGGGGAAGUCACCGGUCAUUUCAGGAGUCACAAGAGCCGUCGCUUCCCCAACAGUCAGUCGUCUUACAGACACCACCAAGUUUACAGGGUCGCACAAGGAGCGUUUUGACGAAACCGGCCGCGGGAAGGGUAAGGCGGGACGAGUAGACAUAGUUGACACUUCUGGAUACGUUUCGGGAUACAAGCAUCAAGGGUCGUAUGAAAAGAAGGUGACCAAACCCACUGCGGGCAGACCCGUGUGAGGGCGAAGACAAGGAAAUAAACAUUUGAUCAACUACUAGGAUGAUUUUCUAUUAAACGAUUACUCAUAGAAAGCACAAAAGCAUAGGAUUUCAUAUUUUUCCCCAUCCAUCUAUUUUAUGUGUGCGUGUAUGCGUGUGUGUGUGAGAGCGAGCAAGAGAGAGAGAUGUUUUUGAGUUCCUCUCUUCGUGAAGUGUGAGAACUGGAAAACUGUUUACAUCUAUUUUUACAAAUUCAUCACCAGCUGGUACAUUCCUGUCUGAUAGCAAGUUACUGCCAAACACUGAAGAGAACAAAUGAGAGAAACUGCUUUGCUAUGACUAUUUAGGCUUUGUUGUUAUGAUAGGGCCUUGUAUUUAUUGAGCACAAUGAGCAACAUGCCAAGAAAAACAAAAGUGGGACAACAGUUUGGUGAAUUAACAUUUGCACUUUUUAAUAGAAACAUUUGUUCCCAUGUUUAGCUGAUUACACGGUUUAGCUUGUUUUGCCAUUUCAAAGAUAAUUGGCACAGGUUUUUGACAGAGAUCAUUGAUUUUUCUCUUUCGAAACCUUAAAUUCAUUCAGAUUUCAGCAUUGUCUGUUUGCCAUCUGCACUUAGUAACUGUUUCGUCUUCAUGAAAUCUGCUGUUUGCUAUUUUAUGAGCUCACACUUGUCUUUUCAGUAAUCUGCCUUUAGUUCGAACCAAGAAAAUAGUUUUUUGGGGAGAUUUUUUUGUGAAAGUUAGUCACCCCUCUCAGACUAAAUAUUUGUGACCUUUAUCAUACCUUCUUGCUUUUGUAAAUACAUAUAAAAACAAAACAAAAGCUCUCCCAUGCAAAAUUUAGCAAGCUUACUUAAAGCUCUUAAACAAAACCUAAAAGGACUUCCCUGUUCCCCCCCCCCCACCCUUAGUCUUUAUCUAGCUUUAUCAUACCAUAUUUUAUUAAAUUAUACACAAACUGUUUUGCUAACAUGCAUUUUAAGUAAUAAAUUGGUAAAGAGAAAGCUCUAACCACAGAUGAGAUGAGCCUAACUGUACAAGAUUGUAUUUUUAACAUUUUACUUCCUGAUCAGAUUUCUAUACAGUAGUUCUAAUAUAUUUGUGGUAAGAUUGUGUAUAUUCUAAAAAGGUUAUAGCCACAUUAAUUUAAGACACUGGCUUCAAGUUUUAUUUUCUAUUUGUAUUAUGUAUUGCUGUACUUUGUGCAUGUUAUGUAUAUUGCAUUUGAUUCAGAAGCAUAUAGAUGACGGUAGGAGUCUGUCAUAUCAUAUUGGAACUGCUGUGCCUGCUGUAAGAAGAGACUACUGGGUGGACUUCAACAUUGUGUUGUUAAAAAAACAUUAAGUAAUGAAAUUGUGAGACGACAAAAUCUUGUAUUGCUUGAAAUCAAUAUGUAUGAACCUGUACGUGUACAAAGUCAGCUAAUGCUCUAAUAUUUAUUGAUAAAAAUCUUCUAAUGCGUACCGUCAUCCAAGGCACAGAUUUAACUGAAGAAAAAACAAACAAACGCAGGGAUUUUAAUGUUUCCUUACACACUGUAUCAGAAAAAGGGAAAAUUGCAAAUGAGUAUUAUACUUUUGUAAAAUAUUUUUCCAGCAGAAUGACAGAUUCAUGUCACACACUACCUGUAGCCUCAGCUGAUGAAGACUCAUGCAUCAAGUGCAAAACUAGCAGCUAUCAGUGUGUUUUUGUAGCUUGAGUAUGAUCCGUUUUCUGUGCUUAAUGCCAAAUACUGUGCACCUUUUAAUGUGGAGAAACAAUAUUGUCUUUUUUUCCUUCAAAUAACUUGUAAUGUACUAUUAUGCCCCAGUGCAUGCAGUGUGUUUUCUGUUUGUUUUUUUGUUCUUGUUCUUUAGAUCUCUUUAAGUGUGUUCAUGAUUUGUAGUGCAUUAUUGAAAAUAAAAAAAAAAGAAAAGAAAACAUGCACGCACACCCUGGAACCUCUGCUGAGUAGGUUUUGGAGUGUCUGUUGAAACAGUA